AACACUAGAGCUCAGAGAGCGGUGGAGGAAGAACAAACGCAUAGAGCCUAACACCUGCCAGACUAUUUUACUAUUUUAAGUUUUAAUAUUUCCUGGAUUUGUCUAUGCCUGGAUUUGUCAUUCCGGAGUUUUCAGGGGACGAUGACUUAAAUGAAAACGUGAGAGAUUUCUAAAGCAUCACGUAAUUUCCAUGCAUGUAAUUUGAGGAAAAGUGCUCUCUGCAUGAAGCAAACUUUUUGACAACUUGCGAAACCUUACCAACCAGUGGGUCUACGUGAAGCAGUAUUACACGUUUACAUUGCCUAUGGUGAUACACAUUUUCUACUUCUAGUUUGGAGGCAGAUUUCAAACGUUAUCAUUUUCGGAAGGCUAAACAACGCCACAGAAUGUGACAUCUACUGUCUCGCGACGACGCCGACUGAGCAUACCUGCAUUGCAAGACUCCAAAGGUUAACUCUGCCUUCAUUGCUAUGGAGACCACCCAAGCCCUCCUCUUCUUUCUCCUGAGUUUAUGUGUCUACAGUUGCCAUGCCGACGCUCGGACUGCUCCCAGAGUGCAUUUGUCUUACAAAGAGCUGUUGGAGACGCGGACGGCACGGCCCUUCUCCUUCUCCUUCAACACCAGUGACUACCGCAUCCUGCACAUGGACCAGGACCAGGGCCGUCUCUACCUGGGCAGCCGGGAGUACCUGGUGGCCCUGGACAUGCACAACAUCAACAAGGAGCCCCUCAUAAUUCACUGGCCGGCCACUACCCAGAGGAAAGGAGAGUGUAGAAUGACUGGAAAGGGUGGGCAGGGGGAGUGUGCAAACUUUGUGCGUCUGAUUGAACCCUGGAAUCGCACACACCUAUACACCUGUGGCACAGGGGCCUAUAAGCCUAUCUGCACCUUCAUCAACAGAGGAUGGAGAGCAGAGGAGUACCUGUUUAGGCUGGUCCCUGGCUAUGGGGACUCAGGGAAAGGGAAAUGCUCAUAUGACCCUCGACAGGAGAACGCUGCGGCCCUUAUCAAUGGGAAUCUGUAUGCAGGGGUCCACGUUGACUUCAUGGGCACGGAUCCGGCCAUCUUUAGAACCCUGGGGGACAGACCUGCUGUCAGGACGGAGCAAUAUGACUCCCGCUGGCUGAAUGAGCCAGUGUUUGUUAAGAUCCAGCAGAUUCCUGACAGCUCAGAGAGGAAUGAUGAUAAACUCUACUUCUUCUUCCGGGAGAAGAGUCUGGAUGGUGCCGGGGGGGCCAGCCCCAGUGUCCUGGCCAGAGUGGGCCGAGUAUGCCUGAAUGAUGAUGGGGGUCAGAGGUCACUGGUCAAUAAGUGGACGACCUUCCUGAAAGCUCGGCUGGUGUGCUCAGUGAUAGGGAGCGAUGGUGUGGAGACUUAUUUCGACGAGCUGAAGGAUGUCUUCAUUCAGCCAACACAAGACCUUCGCAAUCCUGUCGUGUACGCCGUCUUUUCCACUGCGGGUUCUGUGUUUAAGGGCUCAGCCGUGUGUGUCUACUCUAUGUCCGACAUCCGCAAUGUCUUCAAUGGCCCUUUCUCACACAAGCACGGACACAACUACCAGUGGACCCCCUACACUGGAAAGAUCCCCUACCCUCGCCCUGGAACAUGUCCAGGAGGAACGUUCACCCCAGGCCUCCGCUCCACCAAGGAGUUUUCGGAUGAGGCGGUGAACUUUGUGAGGGCGCACCCCCUCAUGUACCACUCUGUCUACCCCAUACACAAGAGGCCUCUGGUGGUGCGAACGGGGGUGGACUACCGCUUCACCUCCAUCGUGGUGGACCUGGUGGAUGCUGUGGACGGGAGGUAUGAGGUGCUCUUCCUGGGCACUGAUCGUGGGACAGUCCAAAAGGUGAUAGUACUUCCUAAAGACACUAGCACAACGGAAGAGCUCACAUUAGAGGAGGUGGAGGUGUUCAGGAAUCCAGCUCCUAUUAAGACUAUGAAGCUAUCAUCAAAAAGGCAACAGCUGUAUGUGUCGUCAGAGAUGGGGCUUACCCAGGUGUCCCUGCACAGGUGUGGCGUCUAUGGGAAGGCCUGUUCAGACUGCUGCCUGGCCAGAGACCCUUACUGUGCCUGGGAUGGGGAGACCUGCUCCGCCUUUAGCCCCUCCACCAAGAGGCGGAGCAGAAGACAGGAUAUUAAGCAUGGAGACCCCUUGCGGCAGUGCAGAGGGUUCAAUGCAAAAGUUGAGAAGCGUCUCAGUGAAACAGUGCAGUUUGGGGUGGAGGGGAGUAGCACUUUCCUGGAGUGCCAACCCAGAUCUCCACAAGCGACAGUCAAAUGGCUCUACCAGAAACCAGACGGCAGGAGGAAAGUGCUGAGCCGAGACAGAGAGGUGCUGAAGACUGGUCACGGCAUCCUGCUUAAGUCUUUGAGCCAUGCCGACGGGGGGCUGUACAACUGCCUGGCCACCGAGAACAACUUCAAGCACACGGUGGCCCGCGUGGCCCUCCGCAUCCUGGACCGGGAGAUUGUGGAGGCCCUCACCUCCCCAGACGGCCCCCCGGAGGACCAGAACCCCCAUCACCACCGACACCCCCACCACCACCCUCCGCCUCCACCACCCCCUCCUCACAACCUGCCCCCGCAGUUCUCCUCCCAGCCGGAGAUCCGCCUCAUCAACCAGUACUGUCAGUCCUACUGGCAGCAGCUCAACCCCAACCUGCCCACCAAACGCACUAGCAGGAGGCACACUGAGAGCCAGUCAGAGCCAGCCCCGGGGGCCCCUAGCCAGUCCUAAACCCCAUCUCCCUCCCUCUACUCCACUGGUACCUGAGCCAGGCCCUGUAGGGCCACUGUGGCCCUGCACAAUGGUAACGGGCAGACUCACUCAUGUUGUUGUGAUUUUGUUGUUGUUGUUGUUGUUGUUUAUCUCACUCCCAUUUAGGGUUAGUCUCCAUGAGCCCAAUUCUAACUUUAGAUCUGUGCACAUAGCUCUGUGGUUUCUUGCAAAAUUGGUGUUACACACACGGAGUGUUUGGUCAUAUGAAUCUUUAGAUUAAUCUGCAAAUGAACUACCCUAUUCCGUCCAAGCUAGUAACCUGGUUAGUAACUAGUAACUAGUUAGAGCCUUGAAUGCUGAUUGGCUGACAUCCGUGGUAUAUCAGACCGUAUACCACAGGUAUGACAAAACAUUUAUUUUUCCUGCUGUAAUUAUGUUGGUAACCAGUUUAUAAUAGCAAUAAGGCACCUCGGGGGUUUGUCGUAUAUGGCCAAUAUACCAAGGCUAAGGGCUGAAUCCAGGCCCUCUGCGAUGCUUAGUGCCUAAGAACAGCCCUUAGCCGUGGUAUAUUGGCCAUAUACCACACCCCCUCAUGCCUUAUUGUUUAAGAAUGUCACAUUGUAUUGUAUCACUCAGUGUAAGAAAUUUUUGAAACUGCAGAGGAUUUUGUUAGUGUACACAAUAGUUUCCUAGCCACCACCAUGGUAGUUAGGUGAUAUAGAGACACUGUAUCAUAUGAAUCAUUGUAAAAUGUGUCACAUGUUGUAUGGCUGCCACAACCUCACUUUUUAGAAUCCAUUUGUUCCACUGAAUCUAGUUGAUGAAACAUGGGCAAUUUAAUAGUAUUACGUAUAUUAUGUUUCCAUUCUAAAUAUUGUUACAAUAGAAUCCUGCCAAUGUCAAGUCAGAAAGAAUAAGGCUCAGUUUUGGGUCGUUCUUGAAUUGCGGUGGCAUCUGGCCUUGGCAUUUUGGCAAAAAUAGUUUUUUAAUGUUUAAAAAAUGGGUUCUAUUCUAAAUCAACUAAUGUGGAAGUUUAAUGACUAAUUAUUUGUACCAUUAUGAUUACAUUGUGCCACCAGUAGGAGUAGUGACAGCAAUUACUGUCACCCCAAUGACUGUCACCCCAAUGACUGUCACACCAAUGACUGUCACCCCAAUGACUGUCACACCAAUGACUGUCACACCAAUGACUGUCACACCAAUGACUGUCACCCCAAUGACACAUUUAAGGUAAUAGAGGAUUUUCUUAAAUGGAGGCCACAAAUGUUCAAAUCUAAGGUCACAAUGUCAUUUCCCUUCUUUUAAAUUGAGUAACACCAAUGACAUUUUCCAUUUACACAUACUAAAUGAUCAAUGGAAUCCUCAAAUUUGUGACAUACUAAAAGGGUGUGAUUAGCUAAUAACUUUCUUUAAUAUAGACCCCUAUAUAGACCCCUCCCCAAUAACAAUUUGCCGCUCGAGGGAUUGCUAAAUGUCCUUCUAUAACACUAAUGACAUAAAACUUAGGGUCACAUAAUAUUUGUAAAAAAAUAAAAACAAUAAUUGGUUUUAUUGUUCUUUGCCAGGGAUGGGCAACGGCGGCUCACUUUUGUAGGCCCGUGGAUCCCCCCCCCCCCCAACUUCAUGUUGAGAAUUAGAAUAGUAGAAUACACAAGGCAAUUUAGAAAUUUGGUUGUGCAUCAGCAGUUUUUCUCUUGUUAUGUUAGUCACUGACAGUCACUCAAUUAGCUCAUGUUUAGGUUGGCAGGUAGCCUAGUGGUUAAGAGUGUUAGGCCAGUAACCAAAAGGUCACUGGUUUGAAUCCCUGAGCUGACCAGGUGAAAAGAAUCUGCCGAUGUGACCUUGAGCAGAUCUAUGUCAGGUUGGACUUUUCAUGAAUCCACUGCUCUUUCUCUCACCCACGCCAUGAAUGUUUUUUUUUGUUGAGACUGUACAUAUUCCUGUAAGUUCUGCACUUUGGUGGUGGGGGUGUAAGGGAUGGGAUGGGGUAGGGGGUAUUAUUAUGAUCUAUUGUUGAUUGACAGGACCAAUAUUCACAGAAAGAGGCUUUCAUGAAAAAUAUGUAGACCUUUUUGGAAAUGAAAAAUAUAAAUAUUUGAAUGAAUAAAUGAUUAUGGAUAGGAAGCCGUAAUACUGUAGUACAGCAACGUGCUGAGCAGGGCACUUAACCCUAGUUGCUCUGGAUAAGAGCAUCUGUUUAAAUGUUUCACCAAAACAUAUUUUUUUGAUAGCUGGCUAAACUAACUCACCUAUCUAAAUAUGUAGUAAUUAUGAUUGAAUUACUGACUUUGAUUUUGUUAGUCACACUCACUCAGAUAUCAUAGGAAAUUAGCUGUAAAACUCCAAAUGAUUAUCUCCUCCCCAUGGCAAAAUGAGUAGAAUUGCAUGAAAUUUGUGGGCCCCUCAUGAUGAGUUCAGAUUUUUGGUGGCCCCCACCCCUAUCCAAGAUGUCCAUCCCUGAUCUAAAAAUAUACGAUAUACUUUUGUUUACUUUCUAGAAUUCAAAGUAAUAGAUGGAUAACCCUAAAACAUGUUACUACAACUCUACUCAUCACUACUGGGACAAUCCAGUUUGCUUUCCCUAAAUACUUUAAACAAUGCCUAAACAUAAAGUCUUGCAGUAUAAAGUACUUGCAUUAUAAUGUGUCAUAAACAGUUCAAUAUAAACAAACGCAUGUAUGAUGUUGUAACUAUUUGUCUUUUUCAAUCGUUUUUCAUGGUGGCAAAAGCGAUGGACACAAAUGCCACCGCAAUUCAAGAAUGACCCGUUUACAUGUUUUUCGUCUGCCAUUUCUUAAGAUUCUGAUAUAAUCUAUUUUAAAACAUGACAUUUCACAGAAAUUGUGGAAUAUCAGACACGCCUGCUUAAUUUGACCAAACAUUUGUUAGCAGGAAGAAACUGACCAAAUUAGUCUCUAUUUCUUUUUAUUGGUUAGACUCCUGGGGUUAUGCAAUUGUUAUUGUUUUUUAACCCAAUACUAUACUUACUAAACACAAAACCAUUAGUGUCAGCUAAAAAGCUAUCCAAGUCUAAUGUUUGAGUAAAUUGCUUCGACCUUGUGCUUCUUUCUGCUCAGCACUUCAACAGUGUGUUAGGCAGAGACCAAAUUUUGGACCAAACACUGUUCCAUUCUCCAGCCAAGACUAUCAAGGGAUUAAAAAAUGAACAUGUACAUAGAGCAAGUUUGGUUUGGAAUGACUCAUUCAGAAAAAGAGAUUCAUUAGCUGUUGAUAAUUGCAGCGAGAAAAGAAAAUGGAGACAGCAUAGGGGUUUUCCAUUGUGUUGCUUCGAAAUGGCAGUACAUAUUCUCUCUUCAGUGGGAGUUACAUUACUUUUACAACAGCUUGACAUCAGAUGAGAAACUGAUCCAACAGAAACUGGACUGGAAGGCUCUUUAAAAUGUGACUAUGUGACAUGGCCACACUGUAUUUUUCUUGUCCUCUAGAGAUGAGUCAUUAGUAUACUCACUAGCACUCACCUGGCUCUAUCAUGUGCUUUUGUUGGAUACCACACGUAUUCAGUGCAUUCAUAUGGUAUGAAUACAUGUAAAGGACUUUUAGAUCUCACAGAUCUAUGUCAGGUUUGGACUUUUCAUGAAUCCACUGCUCUUUCUCUCACCCACGCCAUGAAACAUAUUUAUUUUGAGACUGUACAUAUUCCUGUAAGUUCUGCACUUUGGUGGUGGGGGUGUAAGGGAUGGGAUGGGGUAGGGGGUAUUAUUAUGAUCUAUUGUUGAUUGACAGGACCAAUAUUCACAGAAAGAGGCUUUCAUCAAAAAUAGGUAGACCUUUUUGGAAAUGAAAAAUAUGAAUAAAUAUGAAUCAAUAAAUGAUUAUGGAUAGGAAGCCAUAAUACUGUAGUACAGCAACGUGCUGACAGAUUACUCAACUCUGAAGCCAAAGAAUCCUCUAUUUGAAUGAAAACGUGUUCUAUUUAAAGGUCCAAUGGAGCCAUUUUUAUAUCAAUAUCAAAUCCUUUCUGGGUAACAAUUAAGUACCUUACUGUGAUUGUUUUCAAUUAAAAUUGUAAAAAAAUAAACGAAAACAGCUUCUUAGCAAAGAGCAAUAUUUCAAGCAAUAAUUUAGCUUGGACUGUCUGGGAGUUGUGGGGCCUAAUUGGAGGGAUAUGUAACCUGAAAACUAGCUGUUAUUGGAAGAGAGGUUUGGUAAUGUCGCCAGGCAGACCAAAACUCAAUCCCACUAAAACAGGCAGAAAUUUCAGGUGGUCUUUUCAAACAGCUCUUACACUAAAAGGGCAUGAUCAUUUUCACAAUUUCACAGUAUUAUUCCAACCUCAUAGUGUGGAAAUAUAAAUAUAAAACACAGAAAAUCACAUUUUUGACUGCACUGGGCCUUUAACAUAUUUUUCACUAUAUUCACGUUCUUUGUGGCUUUACAUGGCUUCUUUGUCUUUUCUUAGCAAUAGAGUUUGAAUCCAGAAAUGUCUACCUGUCUCAUUUCUGGAAUAUUAUUUGUAAUAAAACAAAAGUCACUCAAACAAAACAAUGUAACGCUUGGUACCAUAUUCCUUCUAGAGUAUGUCUGUGACCUGAUUCAAGAGUGACAUGAGUAAAUUAACAUUUUAAAAGGGAGUUACGGGUGAAUAACAAACCCAUUUCAUUCAGUAACUAUACAAUUAUUUUGUUCCCAAAACUAUUCAUUGGUGUCAGCCAUCUUGGCCUUUUAGAGAGGCCUUUCCACUCCCUACUGCGUCUAACCAGUCAGCCAAUCAGAGUGGCUUAUAUGCAAGCCACAAUGGUUGGCUUCAGCAGGAAAUUCCACUGUAGCUUAGUGCAGGUCACAACCCUUCGCAGAAGGAAUACUGUGCAUUUAGCGGUUCUUUGUCUUGCUGUUUUUUGGGCUUGUGUGUUUGUCAUUGAGCUACGUUGACUCUAUCUGUGUUUUUUCUUUGUACUUGUAGAUGUGUUUGUGUUAGUUUAAAUUGAUAUGGUUGUUUGUAAUAAAUAUAAUUUUAUUAUUAUGA